CUGGCUUGCACUGUGAUAACCCUGUCCUCCCUUGGCGCGCUGAGAUACGGAGGGCAUGGAGGGAGGCUGAACAAACUUCCAAGGACAAUGCAAGGAACUUCUCAAGGAUAUUCCGCCGGAGUGAAGAGGUGUUGGGAUAUCGGGCUGCUGUGUACAUCCUAGACCUCGGAAAGCCAUCCAAUGAUUACGAGGACUGAAAUGGGUACCCCGCAUUAUCUCAGCACUGCUGCAGCCACGGCACCAGGUGAAUGAAUCUGUAAACGAGGCAGUCCCAGCUGUACUGGUGACCUCCUGAAUGCAGUUAAACUACCUCUUUGCCCUAGCGGAGCGACUUCCAAUCCAGGUCUGGCCUGAAAUCCUAUGAUCCUGGGCCUGUCCAAGGCACUGAGCACCAUGGAGGUCGCGCUGGUAGACUUUGAGAACGUCGACGACAUGGGUGGCUCGGACAUGGUUGGUAGCAGCCCGGGCAGGGGCAUGGGUGACCCCAGCUACCCGAGCGCGAAGAGUGCUAUGGCCACGGCCAUGGACAUGCCAGAGUGCAGUGCGAGCAACCACUUUUUCUCCUCCUCGCAGCCCUCCUCACAGUCUUCUUCCCAGCGCAAGCCCAGCACGGCCGGGCAGAACUUGGGGCUGCCCCCCUCGCCCACGCUACCGCCUGGUGUCUCCAGGAGGGGGCGGGCCAGCUGCGCCAGUCUCAUAUCCAACUGGAAGCUUCUGCUGAACAGCGAUGGCACCCAGAGCGAGACCAUCUUCAGCAAGCUGGCGAAGGAGUGCUGCGAAGACCUGUUUGUGGACAAGCGGGGCCUGGACGAUGGUGACCAAAAAGUGAUCAUCAAUAUUGCGGGCUUGCGAUUCGAAACACAGCUCAAGACUUUAGAUCAGUUUCCCGAGACUCUGCUUGGGGACCCCAUUAAGAGAAUGGAUUACUUUGACCCCAUGAGAAACGAAUAUUUUUUUGAUCGCAACAGGCCGAGUUUCGAUGGCAUUUUGUACUACUAUCAGUCCGGAGGCAAAGUGCGUAGGCCCGCGAAUGUACCCUUAGAUGUUUUUGCAGACGAAAUGAUCUUUUAUGAACUGGGGAAUGAUGCAAUGGAACAGUUUAGGGAGGACGAGGGCUUCAUCAAAGAGGCGGAGGUGCCUUUGCCAACCAACGAGUUCUACAGACAAUUCUGGCUGCUCUUCGAGUACCCGGAGAGCUCCAAUGCCGCCCGAGGUGUGGCAUUGGUCUCCAUCUUCGUCAUCACCAUUUCCAUCGUCAUCUUCUGCCUGGAGACGUUGCCGGAGUUCCGCGACGACCUGGACCACCCGCCUGCCGGUGGCGGUCUGCCUUUGAACCGAUCCCACGGCGGCAGCUCACCCUCCCCUCCAAGUGCCACGGCCAAAACCAUCACCAACACCUUCACGGACCCGUUCUUCAUCGUCGAGACGGCCUGCAUCAUCUGGUUCUCCUUCGAGCUCAUCGUGCGCUUUGUCGUGUGCCCCAGCAAGAAGGAGUUCUUCAACAACCUCAUGAACAUCAUCGACCUCAUCUCCAUCUUCCCAUACUUUGUCACUCUGAUCACAGAGUUGAUGAACAACCCCGAGCUUGCCCAGAGCGCCCCGAACCAGAACAUGUCGCUGGCCAUCCUGCGAAUCGUUCGACUGGUGCGGGUGUUUCGAAUCUUCAAGCUGUCGCGACACUCCAAAGGCCUUCAGAUCUUGGGCCAGACCCUCAAGGCCAGCAUGAGGGAGCUGGGGCUGCUCAUCUUCUUCCUCUUCAUCGGAGUCAUCCUCUUCUCCAGCGCCAUCUACUUUGCCGAGGUGGACGAGCCCGAUACACAGUUCACCAGCAUACCCGACGGGUUCUGGUGGGCCGUGGUGACCAUGACAACCGUGGGGUACGGUGACAUGUGCCCCAUAACUCUGGGCGGGAAAAUGGUCGGAACUCUGUGCGCCAUCGCCGGCGUGCUGACCAUCGCCCUGCCAGUGCCUGUCAUCGUCUCCAACUUUAACUACUUCUACCACCGAGAAACUGAGCAGGAGGACAAGCAGCCCGUCGCCGAGGCGACAGACAAGAGCAUGAAGGCAAAUGCACCAGACAAGAGCAGCAGCAACACAUCUCUGAACAAAGCCAAUGGCUAUCAGUGACAAGUUUUGAGACUAUGAGACUACUGAUGACUGAUUUAUCGGGGAAAUAUGACUAUCACAAGGUGUUUUCAAUGGAUCAGGCUAUUCAUUUUUUUCUGAUGUAUUUAAUACUGUUGUAAACAUGGAAACUACACACCAGUUAUAGACUACUGUAGAUUUGAAUGUAAUUUAGAGGUUUAGAGUUUCGAAGAUGUUUGCAUGUGCUUCAUCUGUUCUGACAUCACUACCACAUUCUUUCAUUCUGUCUUUCUUUCACACUCAGUCAACAACCUAUUUAUCAAUCAAUAUCAACAA